AUGGAAGAACAACAACGUCUAAUAGCAUCACGGAGAGCACACAGAGCACAUUUAACGAAAGUUUUGAAGAAAAUUACCGAACUAAAAGAAGUAGAAGACGAUCAAAAUGAACAGCAUGCUAUUGUGACACUUGGCAGUUAUUUAGAGCAACUCCAACGGAAAGGACACGUACUAUCAGAACUAGACAAUAAGAUAUUUGAACUAUUCACAAAACCUGAAGAUUUGGAAGCAGAUAUUAUCGAGGCAGAAGACACACAGAGUUUUAUCGCAGAGACAAUUUGUACAACUAAAAAUUUUAUUGAGAACAAAAUCAAGUCCAUGAACAUAAGUCAGCACGACCAAGCAGCAGGAGCGAGUAACAAUAUUCAACAAACGCCAGAAAGCAACCAGGCAACAAGCAGUGAGAGUGAACCAGCAGGAAAUCAACCAUCAACACCAGAAGAGACACAACCACAAUCAAGCACAGUAAGUGAAAAUUUACCUGUCAAUUUAAACCAGCAACCCACUACAAGUACGUCAGUUACAAGUACAAACCCCACCAUUUCGAACAGUAGUUACAGCAUGAGUCGACUCCCAAAGUUAGCACUACCAACCUUUGACGGCAACCCCUUGAAUUGGCAAACGUUCUGGGAUUCCUUCCGCACAGCAGUACACGAUAACCCGUAUCUAAGCAACAUACAGAAACUGAACUAUUUAAGAGCCCAGUUAAUUGGGGAAGCAUCAAGGUCAAUCGCUGGAUUUCCUUUAACCGAAAAUAACUAUCUAGAGAGUAUCAAACUAUUACAAGAGAGAUUUGGUCAACAACACAGAGCAGUGAGUGCACACAUGCAAGCAUUAUUAAACAUACCAAGCCCGACAAGCAGUGGCGUGCUGGCAGGGGGGGCCGGGGGGCCACGGCCCCCCAGCUGGCAAUUCUUGGGGGGCGCAGAAAUGAAAAGGGGGCGCCGAUCCCGCGCCAAAUUUUGAAAGUGGGUGGGAAAAAAUGCAUUUGCAAAAAUAUAGUUACCUCCGCCAAGAAAACGACAAAGUGAUAUAUUAAAUUACAGACUAUUUUGUCUAUUAAGCCGUAUUUGCUAAUUUGCUACUUCACGGCGCACACAAAAUCAUUUAUAUAGGAACAUGAUCAGUGAUAAAACGCAAUGUCUCAUCACUGAAAUAUUGGUCAGGUUUGGAAGAGAUCACAGGAAUUAUGCCCUUUUUUGCUGCUAUUAUGCCCUUAUAUUACGCCCUUUAUUAUGCUUCACGAGAUGAGAGCCGGCGCAAAUUAGAUAGUUGAAGUUAUGAUAACGUAAAGUUGUAAUGAGUAAUGUAAGUUAUGAAAUAAUGCUGAAACGCGCCCUUUUGGCAGCCAGGCAAGGAAACCUUAAAAUGCAUAUGCGUGGGGUCCGUGUAUUAUUGUAUAAAAGAGCUGUAAGUUGUAAAUGUAUUCAGAUCACUAGAUCAGUAGAGAAUAGAAUUAGGAUUACAUUAAUCGCUGGAAGUGGUUAGCAUUGCAUAAUUUAAGUACAAAUUGCAAAUUUCGACACGUUAUAAUGCCGUUUCCUGACCAUCAGAUUUCUGUCAAAUCGUCCCCCAAAGUCCAGGAAAUGGCAUUUCAGAGACCGCUCUAAAUUCAAAAAUUUUCCUGGGGAUCAUGCCCCCGGACCCCCCUAGACAAACCUCGCACCUUCGGCGCUCGGCUCGUGCCUUCGGCCCUCGUUUAUCAAGUGUAAUAUUAUAGGGGCGCAUAUUGGUUGACAGCCCACUGGCCCCCCCAGAAAAAUAGUACCCAGCACGCCACUGCCGACAAGUACCUUGUCUAGUCUAAAGAGUUUCUACGACACAUUGGAAACACAUAUCCGUGCACUCGAAGCGUUAGGAAAAUCACACGAUUCAUAUGGGGACAUUUUGAUUCCUAUAAUCCAUACGAAAUUGCCAGCAGACUUACGAAAUUGCCAGAACACAACACUAAUGAAUGGAAACUAGAUGAGAUCCGAAAGGCAAUACGCAGAGAAAUCGACAUAUUAGAAGUAGGCGAAAAUAACCCCUCUAAGCAACACCCAAAUGAAAUUUGUCCAGACCCACCUACAGCAGCAUUUGCCAUUGGACAAUCAAAAAACUCGACAUACAAGCCCCGUCAUGUACCAUCAACCACAGCAAAGCGAGCAUGUGUUUACUGCAAAGGUUUGCAUAGUCCAAAUAACUGUACUGUAAUAACGGACAAGAAACACAGACACAACAUAGUGCGAGAUUUCAAACUAUGUUUCAAUUGUCUUAAUGAUAAUCACAUUGUGUCCCAGUGCAAGACAAGGGGUCGAUGCAAAAUUUGUCAUCGCAAACAUCACACAAGUUUAUGUUCAGCAGAAAAUCCCCCACCUCCCAACCAAGAUAAACAGGACCCCACACCAAAUGUUCCAAACCAAUCAGUAAAUACAAUUAAUACCGCCCCAACCGAAAACAUGGCCACACCCACAUCCAUUUCACCCGCAGCAACAACGCCCACAACCAUUUCACCCACAACAAUUCAACAUCUAAGUGAAAACAAACACAAGUCAACAUUGUUGAAGACAGCCGUCUCUCCAAUUGAGUACAUUGGGUCAACAGUUACUGCCCACAUUUUGUUUGACGAAGGGUCUCAUCGUUCAUUUAUCACCGGUAGCUUAGCCAGGAAUGUGGGUCUAACAGCUGAACGUGAGGAAACCCUUUCCCUUUCCACAUUUGGUGGGACAACUACAUCAGUAAGAAGAGUAGAAGUAGGUACCAUCAACUUGCAGACUCCUGUAGGAGAAAACAUUCCCAUUGAAGUUAUCAUUGUUCCCACAAUUGCUGCCCCUUUACAAAGUUUUACUACCAUUGAUUUGCAUAGUUUGCCCGACCUUAAAGGACUGACAUUUGCACACCCAAUAACGAAUGAGCAUACCUUUGACAUUGAUUUAUUGAUUGGAGCAGAUCAUUAUUGGAAUGUCGUUGAAGAUGAAAUAAUCAAGGGUUCUGGUCCAACAGCAGCAAAGUCAAAGAUUGGUUAUCUCCUGUCAGGACCCAUUCCACUGACCAACCAAACAUCUGCGUUAAACACCACCAUAGCAAGGAUGAUGAAUUUGAAUUCCGACGUUUUUGGGAGCUAG